AUGGACCACGACCAGAUUAGACAGAACCAGGCCAUGGCCACCGAGAGCAAGGACUACAAGUCCGACGGCGCCGUCGUUGCCCCUCAGUUCUCCCGCGACGCCGUCUUCCCCGGUGAGGUUGUCGGCGAGGUCACCGACCUCAACCGCCAAGACCUCGAGAAACAGAAGGCCGCCCAGGGUAGCGCCCACUUCCACCGCCUCGGCUGGAAGCGUCUCACUGUCGUCCUCAUUGUUGAGGCCAUCGCCCUCGGCAGUCUGAGUCUGCCCUCCGCCUUCGCCACUCUUGGAAUGGUUGCUGGUGUCAUUCUUAGCGUCGGUCUCGGUAUUGUCGCCAUCUACACUAGUGACGUCGUCGGUCAGGUCAAGAUCAAGUUCCCUCACGUCUCUCACUAUGCCGAUGCUGGCCAGCUCAUGUUCGGUCGUUUCGGAUACGAAAUCAUCGGUGCUAUGUUUGUGCUGCAGUUGACGUUCCUGGUGAGCUCUCACACCCUCACUGGCGCCAUCGCUUUUGGCAACAUCACCAACGACGGCGCCUGCUCCAUUGUGUUCGCCGUCGUUUCCGCGAUUAUCCUCCUUGUCCUCGCCAUCCCUCCCUCGUUCGCCGAAGUCGCCAUUUUGGGAUACAUCGACUUUGUGUCCAUCAUCCUGGCCAUCGGCAUCACCAUCAUCGCGACCGGUGUCAACAAGGGAAGCAUCACCACUGCGGCCUGGUCCGCCUGGCCCAAGGACGGCAUUACUUUCGCUGAGGCCUUCAUCGCUAUCACGAACAUCGUCUUUGCCUACUCCUUCGCCAUUUGCCAGUUCUCUUUCAUGGAUGAGAUGCACACCCCCACCGACUACGUUAAGUCUAUCUGGGCUCUUGGUCUUAUUGAGAUCUUCAUCUACACCGUCACUGGCGCCCUCAUCUACGCAUUUGUUGGUCAGGAGGUUCAGUCCCCCGCCCUGCUUUCGGCCGGCCACACCAUCUCCAAGGUUGCUUUCGGUGUUGCUUUGCCUGUUAUCUUCAUUUCAGGAUCAAUCAACACCACUGUCGUCGCUCGCUACAUCCACGGCCGUGUUUACAAGAACUCCAUCAUCCGCUUCAUCAACACCAAGAUGGGCUGGAUCACCUGGUUGGGCCUGAUCACCAUCAUCACGGUCUUCGCCUUCAUCAUCGCUGAGGCCAUUCCCUUCUUCUCUGAGCUCCUGUCCAUCAGCUCUUCGCUCUUCAUCUCCGGCUUCACUUUCUACUUCCCUUCCCUGAUGUGGUUCAUGCUCAUCCGCGACGGUUCUCCGUUUGCCAAGAAAAACCUCACCAUGACUGCUCUUCACGGUGUCUCCUUCCUCAUUGGUAUUAUUGUUCUUGUCUGCGGUACCUACGCCAGUAUUGUUGAGAUUGAUCUCAAGUUCAAGACCGGAAAGAUCAGCAGCCCCUUCACAUGUGCUCCUCUGGGCUAA